UGUGUCGUCAUGGAAUGUACUAGCUAAAUAGAACUUGGACAAUUCCUCAUCAUAUGCAUAUGAGAGAAAAGAGUGCCUAGAAAAUCACCGUACCAAGCCGCAAAAUGCGGCUGGAGAAGGGCACUUCUGUCGGUGCGGUUUUCGUAUUCCUGACGCUGAUAGCAGGGGUACUACUGUCAUCUCCUCCCGAUGUAGACAAUGGCAGCCUUCUAGACCCAUGUUGGCCGGAUUGGCAACGUCACGACUCCAGUUGUUUCAAGCUUUUCACUGAUGCAGAUACGUUUUACAGUACCAAGACUAAGUGUAGGGAAAACGGAGCUACGCUUGCAAUGGCGAAAGACGAACCCACCAAUGAGUUCAUCCUUUCGCUAAAGGGAAGUAAUGUAGAGGCAUGGAUCGGCCUAAGAAGGGGCAAAAACUACAACUGGACGUGGAUUGACGGCACCAGACUGAACGAAAGUUUUCAAGCUUGGGCCAUAGGCGAGCCUAACAACAACAACUCCAGAUACGAACGUGUGUGUGUACAUCUUGGUCUGUCUACCUCCCAGAAUGUGUGGAUGGAUACUUAUUGCGGGAGAAACUACAGCUAUAUCUGUCAGAAAGAUGUACUGUACAGAUGUGUCUCACCACUGCCACCUGAGAAUGGUAACCUAAUAUCAACCCUCAACCCCAACGGAACCUGGGUGACCUACAUCUAUCCUAACGACGUGGUGAACUUCACAUGUAACCCUGGAUACGACCUGGAUGGCGCCUCCUCUCUGACUUGUCUGGCUGGCGGGACCUGGAGUUCUAAUCCCCCAGUAUGCAGAGGGUGUCCAGUAUCAGGGUACGUCAGUUUUGACAGAGUUUGCUACAAGGCCUUUAGCGAGAGGAAGACCUACCAUAACGCUAGACAGACGUGUGCCGAAGACAGGGGGCUGUUGGCCAUGCCGAAAGACAGCGCGGCCAACGAUUUUAUCGCGAGUCUUCAACAUGGAUCCGAAUCUCGCUGGCUUGGAUUGACUGACGCCAUCAACGAAGGCCGUUGGGUAUUUGAAAACGGUCGAAUCGUGAGGUCAUCGGAAUAUAUAAACUGGAACAUCGCUGAACCAAAUGGUCACUAUAAUGAAAACUGUGCGGCUCUUUAUCCGACGACUGGCAACCCGUGGAUUGACAUAUCUUGCAGCGAAUACUUGGCAUUCACCUGCCAGUUAGAUAAAGUGUGUCGUAAUCAUCUCGGGUUGGAGUCUGGUGCCAUACCUGAUGGGAGCAUCACUGCGUCUUCGAAUUGGAACAAUUGGCAGACUACCAAAUUUGGUCGGGCAAACAGGGUUAUUGAGUAUGGUGCCUGGUUGGCAGGUCAUAACACCGUCGGAGCAUGGUUACAGGUGGAUUUAGGAGAACCGAAGCGUGUUACGGGUACCAUCAUACAGGGACGCCACACGGCUGACCAAUGGGUGACGUCCUACAAACUUCAGUACGGUGUUGAUUGGAUUAGUUGGACGACGUAUGCAGAAAAUGGCUCAGAAACGAUCUUUCCCGGCAACACGGAUAGGAACACCCCUGUGACCAAUCUACUGACCACCCCCGUUGUUGCCCAGUAUGUGCGAUUCGUGGUUCAAUCAUGGAAUUGGCAUAUCAGCAUGAGAGCAGAGGUGCUGGGCUGCAGAAUCAACUCACAGUGCAAUACGCUGGCGAAUCCUACGAACGGUGCCGUGAGCGGCUCCAGAUUCUAUGGAGGAGCUGUGACUUUCACGUGUAACGAAGGAUAUAAUCUGGUCGGUGCCUCUACACUGACUUGCCUAGCUGACGCCACCUGGAAUGGAGAUCCACCAACUUGCGAAGUUGUCCAAUGCCCAUCACCGACAGCUCCUACCAAUGGUGCUGUGGAGUCGUUGAACGUCUACAUGCACGAGGCCCGUUUUUCCUGUAACUCUGGGUACGCCAUAUCCGGCAGUUCCAUCGCAGUCUGCCAGGCGGACGGUACAUGGAGUGAAGACUAUCCGACCUGUGCGGAUAUAGACGAGUGUGCCUUCCGUAACCGUGUCUGUGGACAGAAUAUGACCUGUACAAACACAAAUGGAAGUUACCAAUGUUCCUGCCCAGUGGGGUACAGCUUAGACAUCGUAAGCUCGUCUUGCGAAGACAUUGAUGAAUGCGCUAUAGAGAAUGGUCCCUGUAAUCAGAUCUGCAGGAACGAGGUCGGAAGUUUUCACUGUUCUUGUGGCAGUGGAUACGUCCUGAAUACGGACCAACGCCGGUGUGAUGAUGUGGAUGAGUGUAUGGAAGAUCCAGGCAUCUGCGGUCACUACCUAGCUGUCUGCAUUAAUAACAUUGGCAACUACGAGUGUACCUGCAGGCAAGGGUAUGUCAUGAUGGCAGGUGGAUGCCAAGAUCUCCUCAGAGUUACUGACAAAAUGUACUGA